GAAAAGCUUAUAUUAUUAUUCAUUGCUGAAGUCCAAUAUUAAUAUUACCAAGCAAAAAAUGCGUUAUAUCUAUGUAACCAUACGAUGCGAAAUAUUUCGGAAAAGAUCGCAUUGUCUUCUGAAACUUACUACGUAGACAAACUUAUUUCAAACUUAAAAACAAUACCGUAGUCAUAUUUAAUUAAAAAUAGAAUACAAAUGACAUUAUAUCUGUCAGUGUGAUGUGACGAACAAUAUUUAUUCCGCGCAUAACAUUUUAUUUAUAUUUUAAUAUAAAAAUUCCGUUGUUUUAUAAUGAAAACGCACUAGCUAAUACAACAUACGUAAAUAUGGAGCCACCAAAGAGCGAUGCGCCUAAACUGCCCGACAUGGUCAUGUGCGGCGAUCAUCCGUCUUUUACAAAGACGGAGCUUAACGCCAAACUAGACAUAAAGAUGGAUGAAAAGGACAAGGAUAAGGCUAAAGACAAGGCCAUGUCUUAUGCAAAGAUAACGCCUACGCCAUCGGUGGGGUCCCGCACGCGCGCCACGUCGGAGCACGCGCUGCGGCUGGUGGAGGCGCGGCGCCGCGUGCGCUCGCUGGAGGUCGUGCAGCGCCCCGACGUGGACGUGGCCGCCUCCGGGAACCGCGCGCUCGUGCAGGUGUUCCCAGCAGCAGCGCUGGGCAGCUUCCGGUGGCCGCCGUACCUGCUGUGCGUGUGGGUGCUGGUGCUGGUGCUCACGCAUGUGCUGCACUGCCUCGUCAGCGUGCUGGAGCGCGCGUUGCCAGCCCUCAAGAAGUGCAGCCAGUUCUUCCGCACGUGGACGGAGGAGUCGUGGCGCGGCGAGUGCGAGGCCAACCAGCGCGUGUGGCCGGCGGCGCUGGCGCUGGUGACGGGGCUGCUGUACGCGCUGUACUUCACGCUGUACGCGCUGUACGGCGUCGUGCUGUGGGCCAUCGAGCCGCUGGCCGCCGAGCUGGACGACAAGCGCAGCGCCGCCGACCUGCGCGCGCGCGACCACACUCGCGACCACACGCGCGACCACACGCCGCCACGAGUCACCAACUACGACGACGACGCCAAGAGCGCCGCGCACACGCCCACGCACACCGCCUAGUGCAGCCUAGCCCGCCUAGCCCGCCUAGCCGCUGGGUUACCAACUUAACGCGGAAUUUUAUAAAUAUACUCAAUGACAAAUAUAUAACUUUUACAACAAUUUAAUAAAAAAAUAACAUCAAAUACAA